CCUAAAACCAGUCGCCAAUCAGGACAACAAGAAACAACAACAACCGAUUACCUGGAAAAUGUUACCUGUUGUUAGCUCAUUUUAACCCUUUUUCUGGGUGACAUAAGUUCAUUUCUGUAGUGUUUACAAUUGACUAACCAAAUGAUCAACUGAUUGUCCGAUAGCAACAUUUAGUCAACCAAUACAAAACAAUCAACAUCAUCAGUCAUCUACUUUGCUUCUCAUUAUUAUUGUUUCUCAAUUUUCUUUCACCAACUAUCAGUUUGAUUGUCUUUUUUUCCUUUUCCUUUUCCUAUUAUUUUAUUUAUUGUGUUUUAUUUCAAUUUUUCAAUUAACUGAUUGUUGUCUACCAAGUGAUCCUUUUUUAAUUGUUAUUCUAAUCAACGGGUGAUUCAAUUUUCCACCAUAAGAAAAACACGCGUCUUGUUUUUCUCAUUAUUUUCUCUAUGUGUUAACAGGCUUUUCAUUCAAUCAGACAUCAUUUGUUUACUUUUUCUCAUGAGUAAUUAAUUGUUUACUAUUUAAUUAGUGUUUAAUAUCAAAUUAUUACGUAGAAACAAAUGUCACACAAUCAAAUGGGCGAUUUGGAUGUUAAACUAUUUUUCAAUGUAAAGGAUAGUCAAGAAACUGCUAAAAAACUGAUUGUCCUUUUCAUUGUUUACUAUUAUUUCGUUAAAGUAUUUGGACCCAAAUGGAUGACCCUAAGGCAACCCUUUAACCUUUAUCCACAUCUAUUGGUUUACAAUGGUUACCAGUUUGGUGUACAUGGUGUUGGCCUUUUGUUGGCUCUUUGGACAACCAAUUUUGGGACAAUUUGCUGGUCCUGUGAGCCGAUUGACACUUCAACCAAGGAAAUCAAACGGCUCUUUUCCGUUUACGUGGUUUACAUUUUUUUCUGGGCCAAAAUAAUGGAAUGUCUUGAGACCGUCAUGUACAUUUUGAUGAAAAAACGCCGAUACAUUCAACUUAUCGAGAUUUUUAGGACGUUUGCCAAUGUUGGUCUUGUCUAUCUGGGUCUUAAAAACUAUCCUGGUACCUUGACCGUUUUCUACCCUCUUUGUGACCUGAUUGCGGGUGUAUUCAUAUUCGGUCACAAUACCCUAUUAUCUGCGAAUGUUGAUCUCAAGCCCCGUCAAUGGUGGGGAAAAUUCAUCUUCACCCUUAGACUGAUUGAGUUUACUGCUCUCUUUUUCCAUGGUCUCUAUUUCCUAAUCAUGUAUUCAUCAUCAUCAUCUACUUUAUUUCAUUCAUCGUUAAUCAACCAUCAUCAUCAACAUCAACACCAACAACAAUCAUCAUUAAAUCUUUCAUCUUUAUCAUCAUUAACCUCAUCAUCUAAUUGUACGGUACCCAGGGUACUUCCUUUAUAUGAGUGUCUCUUUGCACUUCUAAACAUAGUCAUCAUAAUUUGCUACUAUUUAAAUGUAAUUCAACACCGUUUAACCAACGGAUCAUUAACAAAUACUCAUCACAAUCAACAACAACAACAACAACGACAAUCAAUCAACACACAGUCAACAUCUUGACAAUAUCUCAAGCCGGACUUGUAAAAAAUUAACAACAAAUUAAGAAAGCAAAUCAACACCAAAUUGUCUUUGUUUGUUCACUGUAUCAUUUCAAUUACCACCAAAACUUAAUCAUCAUCACCUCAAUAUGACAACACAAUUAAUAGUCAAUUAGUUUUUGUUGAUUCACUUUGAUUACCUUGAUUGAGAUAAAUGCAAAAAAAAACCACAAAUAAAUCAGAUGUUGAUUUAACUUCGUGUUAUUUUCAGCUCGCAACUAAAUUGACGGAUUAAUCAAUUUUUUUUCCUUGUAAAUAAAGAAACAAAUCAGCCAGCACAA